UUUCGCCGUAAUACACACACUUUGCGUGAGAAAGAAAAAAAAGUUGUGUCGCGAGAUUAAUCAUUGUCAAUAAUUGCGUCGCUUUUUCCGAGGCUUGCAAUUGCAAUGGAUUGCAGUGGGGUGACUCAAUAGAGAGACACGAUGGCGUCAGUGUUGGGCGAGGAAGAGUCGCGGUUCUUCCCACUGCGCAGUGGGAAGGAUGUUGUGGAGCUUUUUCGACGCCAGCUGGAACGCACAGCUCCCGACCUCACGAUGCUGUCAAUUGUCACGGGCAUCAUUGAGAACACACUGACCCGCGGCGUGGAGGUGGCCGGUGUGACGGCGUCACCGGGCAGCGUGGAGGAGCUCAGCAAUUUCCCCGUGAUCCCCAUUGAGGCCGUGGAGCUGUUAUAUAAGAAGUUUAGGACCAUUCUCGCCACUGUGGAGGGCAAAUCCACCGGUCGGGCGUCUCGCCGGGAGUACGCGACGCGCGAAGUGAUCAAGAGGGUGUCGGAUGUCAUAUGGAACUCCCUGAUCAGGAGCUCCUACAAGGACCGCGCACACCUGCAGAGCCUGUACAGCUAUCUGGCACACAACAAGCUGGAUUGCUUCGGGGUGGCCUUCGCCGUGGUGGCAGGAUGUCAGAUGCUGGGCUACUCCGAUGUUCACCUGGCCAUUUCCGAGGACCACGCGUGGGUGGUGUUCGGACGCACUCAGGACGAGACGAUUGAAGUGACAUGGCAUGGGAAAGGCUUCGAGGACAAACGCGGGCAACCCGUGUCCGCGGGAGUGGAAUCGCAAUCCUGGCUCUAUCUCUGCGGCCACCCGGUAGUGUGCACGCGCCACAUGGAAGUGGUGGCUCUGGUGUUGGCCAUAAAUCCCUCCCUCAGCAUCACAAGUGCAUGCCUGGAAGUGACUGAGCUGCAGCAGCAACUUCUGUGGCUCCUGUACGACAUGGGCCACAUGGAGAAGUACCCGAUGGGUCUGGGUAGUCUCGGGGAGUUGGAGGAGAUGUGCCAGACGGACAAGCGGCCCGCCAGUGAGGAGCUAUACGAGGAGUCCGUGAGAUCUGCCCGUACGCACUACAAGAACUACCACGUGUAUCCCUACACAUAUCAGGGAGGCUACUACUACCGCAAGAAUCUCUACAAGAACGCCUUUGCGUCGUGGGCCAACGCUGGGGAUGUCAUCAGGAUGUACAUUUAUUCCCGUGACGAUGAGGAGAUUUAUAAGGAGUUGCUGGACAUUGCCAAUGAGCAGAUUCCUCUGGUAAUGAAGACAGAGAGUUCAGGACAUUCGGCACACAGUAUUUUGCGGGAUCCUCAGUGUUUUGCCAAUCUCUUGAGGUUCUACGAUGGCAUUUGCCAGUGGGAAGAGGGCAGUUUAACACCGAUUCUUCAUAUUGGCUGGGCAAAACCGCUGGUGAAUACCAUUUCCAAGUUUGACUACGACAUUCGGUCUCAGGUGACCAUAAAUUGUGCCAGUGACGACGACGAUGUGCAGUCAUCGCUUUCCAUAGUCAAUCGCAAAGAGGCUACCAAGCAUCACACGUACGAGGAGAGUGUGGAGGAGAAGCGGCGACGGGAUGGGAUGAACAACAACAUAGUAAUCCAUGGGAAGGAGGAUAAGAGUGCGGGAGAUGGUGUGAAGGGUUGCAAGGAAAAUGGGAGUGAGGAUGUGGCGAAGUUGCCGCCGACGCUGGAGGCUCUCACCGCUGCUUGCGGUGAGAAGAUUCUCAAUCCUGACUUUCUGCUGCAGGGCGGUGGACAGCCAUUCACGGAGACACAGCAGACGCCACCCGAAGGUGGGCAGAAGAGUGUUUCCGAGGCGAAAAUUGAGGAGACCAAGGCGCCGAAGGAGGAAGCCAAGCAGGAGAAAGAUGAGAGCAAGAGUGACAAGGAGGAGGCCAAACAAGAGGCUGAGGUGAAACCCUCAAGUGAUCCCGCGAAGGGUGAUGGACCAAAAUUCGAGCCCAAGGAUGACGAGGAGGAGUUGCGACCCAAGAGGCCCGUGAUAACACUCUACAGCCACAAGAUGAAGGGAUUGAAGGAUCUCCUGCUGGCGGAGAAGCUCAACACCCACGCCAUUUCACUGCAGGUCACGGCACAGAGCCAGGUGGGUGGCAAGAAGGUGAGGAGCGGCGUCUUGUCCUCUGGUGGCCAGGGCGGAAGCAAUUUCCUGCACUCUGUGUCACUCGGAGGAUCGAGUUGCGACAGUGAUCUUGGCGGAAGCUCGCGCCCCAAGAGAUCGAGACGUGAGUAGACAACUCUAUUUUCCCUUUUAAAAGGCUUUAAGUUUGUAUCAACACAGAAAAGGUGGUUUUGGCGAGACUCUUUGCGAUCAAGAGUGAUUUAUAUAUUUUCCUACUACUUCUCUAUUAAAAUUCCUGUGCAAUAGUGCCAUAAAGAUUGUGUUGAAUGGACCAUACAAAAGUGGGAAAAAUUAUUAUUUUUUUUUCUAAAUUUUUGACAUUCACUGCUAUAUGAAGAGUAUUAUACGUUGAGAUAUGCGGAAUUCGGGUCACAGAGAGUCUCGCCGGCGAAGAGUAAUCAGAAAGGCUUUUUCAAUUGAGAAGAGAAGACAAAUGAAAGGAGCAAAUCAAAAGUAUUUGUAGGAUGUUUUUUUUGCAAAUAUUAUUUUUCUUACAUGAUUUCCCAAGGAGAUCAGUAAAAAUAUUGUUUUAAACAAUACAACUAUAUACUUCCUAGAAUUGCCUAAAUAUUUUCUAGAAUUAUACGUUUUUUUUUUUUUAAUUUUAUUGCAUUAUUAUGUCAUAUUGUCUCCCUUUUAUUUAUUUAUCUGUUAUUCUUUUUAUCCUAUUAUUUACCUCGAUGUUUUAAACAUUGCUACAAGCCUGUAUACUGAGUAAAUAAAAUGCAAAUAGAAUGGAUUUGUAGUAAGAGAUGAAAAUGAUGAUUAUGAAGAAAUUGUUAUAAAAGAUAAAUGUUUGGUUUCUGUUGAAUGAGAGCUGAUAAAAGAUGGGGCGAGGGAAAAUGAAUAAUUGUUAUAAAGGAAAAGUGGUGAAGAAAUUGUUGAAAAAAUUUUAUUCGUUUUUUGUUUAUUUGUUGCAUUUAUCCAAGAUUCAAGAGAACUUAAAGAAAAAACAACACCUUUAAUUGAAUGAAGAAAACAAUACCGCAAAACACGUUAAAAGGAUUAAGUGGAGGAAAAUUGCGUGUGAGAAAAGUACAAAUUCCGUGGUUUCUUGUGUCUGUCGAGAAAAAAAAAUGCCAACAAGAACCAUUAGAAACUUAAAAGAAAAAUAUUGUUUAACUUAUUCAAAAAAAAAAAUGGAACAUGAACGAUGAUAAUAUGGAAAAAAAGCUUUUACUUUCUUGGAGGAAAUUGAGAAUUUUUCUAAUGAAAUUAAAGCAUUAAAUAAAUGGUCUACGCAGUGGACGGUAAAAAAUUUUUGAAACAAAUUUGCAAAGACGUGAGUGGACAAAAAGAAAUCAAAAGGGGUGCUAAAGAAUUUUUUGCUGAUAUUAAGAAGGUGAAAAUCAAUUCAAAAAAAACCUUACAAGAGCAAAGUACACGUCUAUAAAGAACAGGAAAAAUAUAUAUUUUGAGAAAUAAGAGUAAAAAGAAUCAAAUUGAGGGUUCAAAAUAUGGAAAAGAGACAAAUGCAAAAUUUUUAAGGAAAAAAAACACUUUUCUAUCGAGCAAUUGUAUACCUAAACUCUUUAGUGGAGGACUUAAUGCCGCACUUUAAAAAAUCUUGCUUUUUCAUCAUCUUGAGAUAUUUUUUCCUUCACAUUUCUUAUAUAAAACAUUCUCAACCUAUGCAUGCGUCUGACAUGUUCUUAAGAAGAACUGGGCGCAAUUGAGGUGCUUUAAUGUCUGCAAACCUAUACUUUCUCACGUAGUUUCUUGUAAGACAAUAAUUGAAUUUAAUAGCUUAUAGUUUUCCUAAAUAUCAGUCAUAGUUUUUUUUUGUUGCAAUUAUCAUAUUAAUGAAGCGCUUCUUAGUAUUUUAGCGAGGAACAUAAUUUAAAGUAAUGUAAUAGGUCUUUUUUUAAUUGAUAGCUUUUUUUCUAUUUAUAUUUUAUUAAUUCUUUCAAAUUACUGUGACAUUCAUGCAAAUGAUAUGAUAACUUAGAGCUUCUAUAUUUUCUGCACUGCAAGCAUUAUUAGUGGAUAGAUUUAUUUUUUGAGAGAAGGAAAAAGUGAAAAUAUUCCCUAAGAAUUGUUAUUUAUUUUCUAAGUUCUUCCUAUUCGCACUGAGCACAGUAUUUUUGUCCGUACAACAUGUAAAAACUUGUUUUUGUAACACUCUAAAACAGCGACAACGUAAAGUUUUUCUAUCUCUUUGUAAUCCAUGCCUCGGCAGAAUUAAUAAUAUAUUUAAAAAAAAAAUUGAAAAUGUGUUGAUGAGAGAAUAUCUCGAAAAAAAUUUGUUUGCUAUUUUAUGUAAAAGGAGAUGACAGAAAUAUUUAUGGAGAUAAAAUAUUUAAUCAUAAAGGCAAUGUUAUAUUAAAUUUCAAUAUUAGUUGAUCAGAAUUAAUGAAUAAUGAGAAAUAGACUCAGUAAUACAAUGGGAUUAUUUGAGAAAAUGACAAAGAAGCUAAGAAAUAUAUCCGUAAAAGAAGUUACACAGCGUCAAUAUUUACUGCAUAUUAAAGAAGAGAGAGAAGAAUAAUUCUUAGUAGAGGAAAAAAAAUAUUGUAUUCAAAGGUAUUUUAUCAGUGCAUCAAAUCUCCUUUUUGAAGAUGUAUCAUCCUAUAUUAGAAAUUUAGAGGCCUGUGAUGCAAAAAGAGCAAAAUGCAGAAUUUAAUGUAACCCUCUAGUCUAGAGUCUAGAGAGAAAGAGAGGGAGUAAUUGUUUUGGCGAUGACUUCUCUUCUACUCCCACUCCACUUCCUGUGUCUCUUCCUUUUCACACACAAGUACAGUAACAAGUUUCUAUUCAAUUAAAAAUAGUGAAAAUAUGCUUUUAAUUCACGUUACAAUUAAAUGCAAAUGAGCAAACAAUCCACAAAUAAAUAGAUGAAGAAAAAGUACACAAUAUUAGUAAGAGAAAAAAAAACUAGAGGACAAUUGUAGGCUACAAGAGAAAAUAAUCUUCUGAAGAAAAAUACAUGAAUUUUCUGUAAUUUGAUGUUAUACAAUUAAAAGAAAAUGAUUAUAGAUGUCAAAUAAAGAAAAUAUAAGCAA